AUGAAGAUUUGCGUGAUAACCGCUCUUUCAAUCGCACUCCUUCUGGGUAACUCUGUCAAGCUCCGAGCUUCCGUUACUGGGCCGGUUCCCUCGGACGGUGAUGGUCCUGUGUCUCAGGUGUGUCAGCAGUGCUGCCAGGGACCUGCUGCCAUACCCGGCAUACCAGGUCUGCCUGGACCAGCAGGGCAGAUGGGGCCGUACGGUCAGCCGGGGUCAAAGGGCGUUGCAGGUCAGCAAGGUCAAAAGGGUGAGAUUGGCCCUAUUGGCCCUAUGGGUGAGCGAGGAGCACCUGGGAACAUUGGGUCUAAAGGUGAUGAUGGGAUUGGCCUGCCCGGCAAGAUAGGUCCGAGAGGCCCACCGGGUCUUGUUGGAGCAGCCGGUCAGGCUGGUGUCAAAGGUCAGAAGGGUGAGCCAGGGGAGACACCAGACGAAUCCAACCAGCGGGUAGCAUUUACUGUGGUGAGGACGAGCAACUCGGAUAAAUCUACGAGUCACGAUACCCGUUUGCCCUUCCAGCAGACCGAGACGCUUCUGCAGGGUACCAGCUUCAAUCUCGAGACCGGCACGUUCACGUGUACUGUGCCGGGCACCUACGUGUUCAUGUUUUCUGUGUGCAAAGAUUAUGACACUAGCAUUACUGCAUACAUUCAUCUUCGAAAAAAUAACGAUUGGGUUGCCUCUGGCCAAAGCUAUGAUACAAGUAGCCAUGAGCAAAUGUCUGGAAGCGCGGUGCUGGUUUUGCAGCGAGCAGACACGGUGUAUCUGACUUUUCGCGGUAGUGCGUUAAGUGAUUCCACCUAUCACUACACCUCAUUCAGUGGCUUCCUCCUUUACCCCGAAUAG